UUGAAACUGGUAAAAAAAUUCAUCUUUGAGCAAUUUGUUGGUGGGGUAAGUGGUGAGGUUGAGGUUUAACUGGAAAUGAACACGUCACAUAGCUUGAAUGGGUCCUCCUAAUCCCUACUGGCCUAUCCCCAUCAUGAAUCUAAUCAAGCUGAGAGUAAUGGAAGUGGAACUGAGAUAUCAUUUCCCCUUUUUUACAGCUUGGUAAUGCCAUGAAAAGCUAAAGUGAAGCAGAAGAGGGCCCUCGGUUGCAGCCCCCUUUGGAUUAUAAUGGCAUAACAGUGAAUCCCAUACAGAGUUAUUGCUAUUUACAGAGAGAUGUGUAAUACCCACACAUGGAAACUCUCCUUUCUAUAAAGUCUUUCAAAUGAACAAUUGUUCGUCACACCCAUCUUUUUGAAAGUUCAUACAGAGAACAAGAAAAAGUAAAGGAAAGAGAUGGAAAAUAAACAAGUGAAGCCACCGAUCAAGAAAGGUUUAUGGAAACCAGAGGAGGACUUGAUCCUCAAGACUUACGUAGAGACUCAUGGAGAAGGCAACUGGGCUACAGUGUCUGAAAAAUCAGGUUUGAUGAGAGGUGGGAAGAGUUGCAGAUUGCGAUGGAAGAAUUACUUGAGACCCAAUAUCAAACGCGGUGGGAUGUCUCAAGAGGAAGAAGACCUUAUCAUUAGGAUGCAUAAACUUCUUGGCAACCGAUGGUCACUUGCAUAUCCACUUUUUCUUACAUGUAGAUGGUCACUUAUUGCCGGUCGACUGCCCGGUCGGACGGACAAUGAGGUGAAAAACUACUGGAAUACCCAUUUGAACAAGAGAUGCCAUACUGGCGAAAGAAAGACCACCGAUCCCGGCAACCAUAAGAAUGGCAACGAUGACAAGUACAAGAACAAGAGGCAACGAAAUUCUCAUCCUACUAGCAACACUAGUCCAAAAAGCAACCCAGAAGAAUUGGAUGGAAAGAAGAAAGAGAAAGAGGAGAGCACUGUUAGCGAUACUUGGAUACAGAAUGCACAAAGCAUGAACUAUUACAUGGAAUCUCCAACAGUUCCGGCCAGCAGUGAUGCAUUUGUCUUCAACAACGAUCCAUUUAUUGCUUGCUGGGAUUCCUUUGUUUUGCUUGAAUUAUUCGGCUAUAAUGAUAAGAUGUAUUCACAGGUGGACCUGGAAACAUUCAUGCCAUAGUUUCUGAUACUCAUACAUUACCUUCUUCAAUGUCUUGUAGUCAGAAUUGAGUUUUUCAAGGCUUUCCUACAAAAUAUGCUUGUCCUUCCUGCACUGUUGAGGAUUGUACUAUGAUAAAACUUCUAGUGCUGUGUACUAAACAGGAAUAGAAUGUGCAAUAGCUACCGUAA